CACGAACUCAUACAGUCUGAGUUCACUCAUUCUGCUGGUCCCUAUGUCACUUCUGGUGUUCUCUUCGUUGUUUGGAUUGCUAGCAUUUUCGAGAGGGUUAUUGAGCUCAUUGAAACCACUGUGCAAGCUGUCUCCACGAAGUCCAAGAAGCACUUUGACGAACAUCCCGAAGAUUCCAGUAACGCCUUCUGCUCGAAGGUAGAGUCAAUCACUCCUUUGACCGACGGUGACGCCAAGGAUGAUGCACCGGCUUGCGAGAUCGUUCUCAGGACGCAUGUGAAACCGAAGCCAGGGCAGUGGAUUCAGGUGACCUUCCCUGGAAAGGACUGUGUUGCACAUGCCUUUUCUCCACUGCCGAAUCCGAAGGAGAAGCACACUUUGAAACUGUUGGUCUCUUGUGAUGGGUACAUGACUAAAAAGUUCGUGGCUGCUGACUUCGAGAGGUUCAUCAAUUCCCGAGUCUAUGUGCAAGGUCCUUAUGGUGCAUCGGAUGUGCCCAAACAGAUAGCUGGUCCUGAUGACUACACUGUUAUGAUUGCCGGUGGCACGGGUAUCUGUCCCAUUGCUUCCGUCAUCGCUUCCCUGCCUGAUGACCAGAAGGAGAAGGUGUCCCUGCUUUGGGCCUUCAGAACGUCCGGUGAAUUUGUGUCGGUUCAUCAGCUACUAGCUGGUGUUGGCCAUCGUGAACUCAUGUAUUCCGGUACUGAUGAGGUUAUGCGCCGAGCCACUGCCGAUUUGGAAGCUUGCGUGUGCCCCGCUCACUACGGGCAAAUGAUCACCGGUGGUGAUGCUCUGAAUAAUACUCGUCCUAGUCACUAUGCUCACCACGGUAACAAGGAGAUCGCUGAUUUCGUGAACAAGGCCAUUGACAAGGCGGAUCAGAGCAAGGCGAAGAGGAUCAACUUCUACCUGUGUGGGCCCGUUUGCAUGAUCAACUUGACGGUUGAUGCUAUUCGAGCAGCUGAGAUACCUCAGGGUCUCGAGCUUGGUGUUAUUAAACGCGAGUCGUUCGGCAUGAUGCCAUGGUAA